GACACACCGACGCCAUCUCUAUUUUUCACCUGACAAGUGAAUACGAUGUAGCAGCAGGGAGCGCAGCCAGGAAAAGCAGCUCUGGCUGUGCGAUCAGACAAAUAGUAGUCAUGCAAUGGCGACUACAAGCAACGGGCUCAGCACGCGUACACAUCCCGUAUACGCCUCUCAGGCCUCGCUGCCGCUCCUCUCGCUCUCGCUCGCGCUCGCUGCUAUAAACGACUAUCGCUGCAAUCCUCAUCAAGCACUCCCCUUUUCGAAAAAGCCAAAACACCUCCCCGGAUCGAGUCUCCUGGCGUCGAGACCACAGGAUCGGCUGCAGACUAGUUACAGGAGACGCGCAUCAGGACCCGCUUCCCGCUGCGACGACCAACAGCAGACCACGUUUGGGCCUGAGCGAAACAAGCCACCACCAGGAAUCUGCUCCACUGCUGCUCCACCACGCCUUUUCUCUCAAGACUGGGCCGGACGCUUCCUGUGGCCGUUGCGUUUCACCAUCGUUCUUCUCCUCCAUCGUUACCACACUUCCACUUCAAUCCAGUUUCUUCUUUCACGCUCGCUGUGCAUCGCUCGCUUCUCACGUCCUACGCCCUCACAACACCGUUACCCCCUUUCUUCUUUCCCUCGAGCCUUUCUUCGCCUACCUCGCCUUUCCGCUUCUACCUUCCGUGACGACCCUUUCUAAUCCCACCCAACCUUCAUUCUUCCAGUACAAACGAAUAGGGCACGGCGGAAGGUUGAUCCUGCGGCCGUCUGCGAUUUUAAUACGAUCUUUCCCACUCUUUCUUGGAAUUCCUCUUCGCUUCGCGGGAAAGACCUCCUUUUGCUUUUUUGUUUCCCUACACGUCCGUCCACUUCGAGACAGGUCAUUUGUGAAGCCAGAGUGACCAAGUAUCCCUUGCAAAAGGGCCGAUCCAAUUGGACCCGUCUCCUCCCCGUAUCUCAGCCGCGUCGCAGCUUCUGGACAACGAUGAAGACCAGGUGGCACGUCCCGAACGUGCUCGCUGCUGCAGUCCUGCUCUUUGGUGCUCUGCCGGCCGGAGUACUCGGUGCACAGAUCUUGCAAACCGAUGGCUUUUCGUCGUGUGGCUCCAACUCGGAUAUCCAGGUGCAGAAGCUCAACAUCUCUUAUGACAAUUCCAACAAGAAAGUCACGUUCGAUGUCUCCGGCACCAGCACAAAGUCUCAGGAGGUUAUGGCCAAGCUGACCGUAUUCGCGUACGGCCAGCAGGUGUACCAGAACGAGUUCAACCCGUGCGACAGCUCGACCAAAGUUGACCAACUGUGUCCAAUACCGCAAGGAACCUUUUCAGCGCAGGGUGAGCAGGAUAUCCCAACAUCGUACGCAAACAUGAUUCCGUCUAUCGCAUUCUCAGUUCCUAAUCUGGACGGUACCGCCAAACUCGAGCUCAUGCCCGUCAAUGGAGGCUCCGACAUUGCGUGCUUCGAAUCUGUAGUGAGCAAUGGGAAGAGCAUGAAGACCACGGCUGUUUCUGCCAUUGCUGCGGGCAUCGCUGCCGGUGCCUUGCUUGUGUCUGCCUUGGGUGCGUUGACGGGUGCAGGAAACGUCGGCGGUGCAACUCCAAGUCCUACCUUUGGCGAAGUUGUCGGUUGGUUCCAGAGCAUGGCCAUGAAUGGCAUGCUCAGUGUCAACUAUCCCUCUGCGUACACUAGCUUCUCCCAGAACUUCGGCUUCUCAGGACUUCUAAUUCCCUGGAGCGGGUUGGAAACUACGAUCGACAAUUUUCGGAAGUCGACAGGUGGAAAUCUGACGGAUGCCUCGUACAGCUUUUUGAAAAACGCCACCAUUGUUGAAGGAACUAGCAACGGCACAAUCACAAAGCGCGGCCUAGACUUCGUCGACCUCGUGGCACGCAGUCUCCAGCUUUCUCAAAGCAACAGCACUUCGGGAAAUAGUUCCGAGUCGGAGAGCAAAGCUGUGCACUUCGUCCACGGCAUUCAGGGCUAUGUCGAACAGCUCUCGAUCCCAGCUGAAAACACUUUCAUGACCGUCCUUCUAAUCUUUGCCAUCGUCGUGGCCGCCAUCAUCGUUGGAAUCUUGCUGUUCAAGGUCAUUCUCGAAGCCUGGGCGCUCUUUGGUGAAUUCCCCAAGCGUCUCACAAGCUUCCGCAAGAGAUACUGGUGGAUCAUGGCCAAGACGAUCACGAACUUGAUUCUGUUGCUUUACGGAGUCUGGACCUUGUACUGUGUCUACCAGCUUGUACGUGGCGACUCCUGGGCGGCCAAAGCCCUUGCAGGCGUCACUCUCGCCUUGUUCACUGCAAUCCUAGCCUUCUUCACCUGGAGGAUUUGGUCUCUAGCCCGCAAAUACAAGAAAGCAGAGGGCGAUACAAGCGGCCUUUAUGAGAACAAGGAGACGUGGGUUAAAUACAGCCUUUUCUACGACUCCUUCAAGAAGGGCUACUGGUGGAUGUUUAUCCCCAGCAUCAUCUACAUGUUUACCAAAGGCGUUAUCAUUGCGGCGGGCGACGGCCACGGCAUGAUCCAGACGGGUGGGCAGCUGAUCGUUGAAUCGCUCAUGCUUAUCUUGCUCCUAUGGACACGCCCAUACACUCUGAAAUCGGGUCAAUGGAUCAACAUCAUUAUCCAGGUUGUGAGAGUGCUCUCCGUGCUCUGCAUCUUGGUCUUCGUUGAACAACUGGGAAUCUCUCAGACGCCGAAGACUGUUGUCGGUGUCGUCUUGAUCGUCAUGCAGUCAGUAUUGACCGGUGUGCUUGCCAUCCUGAUCGCCGUCAAUGCGCUCAUCACCUUCUUCCGCAUGAAUCCACACCGCAAAGCUCGCAAGGACGCAGAAAAAAUCAACCGCGACCUCGACAAUCUCACCCCUCUUGAUCCUCGCAAUUCCCUUCUGCAUCCACCUCCGUACAAGUCCGAGCGAGAGCCAACCUUGCCAUCUUUGCAAAAGCCCGUCACCGCUGCUUACGCGGACGACGAUACCGAAUACCGUGGCUACAGCUAUGGCCACAAGCCGACGGACUCACAAGAACGCCUUCUUCCCCCUGAUCAACUAAGCAUGGGUGGCAGGACGCUGCAUUCUGAAAGCUCCAAUCCCUCUCUUCGCGCACCUUUACUCCCAAGCGUGGAUCCCAGGUGGCGAUCACAGGGUUAUUGAAUAGCAUAAGCGAUACAUAACGAAUCUUCUUGCAAAAAGAUUGAGUCUUUUUUUUUGUUCACCCAAACGCCAAGAUCUGAGCCGUGUGCAAUAUGGGAAGGUGAAACUAUGGCGGCUGCAAAACAAUACUACUUGUCCUUUUUCUUGCACAUUUGUAUCACGGUUAAAUAUCCGCAGCGUUGCACAUGCGUACACUCUUUAGGCCAUGAGUUGCCAACAGCAUUGGAACGGUGUUAAUUGUUCUUCCUGUCUAUUUGAUCAAAUCGAACUGUUCUUGAGGAAAUAAGACUAGAAUAGCAAUUCAAGUUGGAGAGGACGGUUCUUCAAUGCUUCAAAUAUUGUUUUUAAA